AUGGCACAGAAAGAAAUUCAGCUGGUGAAGGAAACCAUCUCUUGUUCCAUCUGUCUGGAUCCGCUGAAGGAUCCGGUGACUGUUUCCUGUGGACACAGCUACUGCAUGAAGUGUCUUCAAACCUACUGGGAUACAGAGGAUGAGAAAAAUCUCUACAGCUGCCCUCAGUGCAGGCAGACCUUCACACCGAGGCCUGUCUUGCUGAAAAACAUCAUGUUAGCAGUUUUAGUGGAGGAGCUGAAGAAGAGCGGACUCCAAGCUGCUCCUGCUGAUCACUGCUAUGCUGGAGCUGAAGAUGUGGCCUGUGACGUUUGCAGCGGGAAGAAACUGAAAGCCCAGAAGUCCUGUCUGCAGUGUCUGGCCUCUUACUGGCAGAGAGAGCUGGAGGUGAGUCGACAAAACAUCCAGCAGAGAAUCCAGGACAGAGAGAAAGAUGUGAAGCUGCUUCAACAGGAAGCAGAGGCCAUCAAUCGCACCGCUGAUAAAGCAGUGGAGGACAGCCAGGAGAUCUUCACCCAACCGAUCCGUCUCAUGGAGAAACAACGCUCUGAUGUGACCCAGCAGGUCCAAUCACAUUCAUACAGCAUCCAUAUCCGUCCUCUGAUGUACUUCGAAGACGUGACAGCGGCUGUGUCAGCAGUCAGAGAUAAACUACAGGACGUCCUGACAGAGACAUGGACAAACAUCUCACUCACAGGGACUGAAGUGGAUGUUUUACUGCCACAACCAGAGCCCAAGACCAGAGAGGAGUUCAUCAGAUAUUCAUGUGACAUCACACUGGAUCCAAACACAGCAAACAGAAAUCUGUUAUUAUCUGAUGGGAACAGAAAAGUUAAAUGGAUGAGUCAACUACAGUCUUAUUCUAGUCACCCAGACAGAUUCACUGGAGAGUAUCAGGUCCUGAGUCAAGAGAGUCUGACUGGAUGUUGUUACUGGGAGAUGGAGAGAAGAGGAGGAGUUUCUGUAGCAGUCACAUACAAGAAUAUUAGCAGAACAGGAAAUGAAUGUGGAUUUGGAUCCAAUGACAAAUCUUGGGCGUUAAAUUGUUUUAACAGUGGUUAUGAGUUUUGGUACAAUGAUGUCAGAACUCGUGUCUCUGGUCCUCGGUCCUCCAGAGUGGGCGUGUACCUGGAUAACAGAGCAGGGAUUCUGUCCUUCUACAGCAUCUCUGAAACCAUGACUCUCCUCCACAGAGUCCACACCAUAUUCACUCAGCCUCUACAUGCUGGAGUUGGGAUUUUUAAUGGUUCCACUGCUGAGAUGUGUAAGCUGAAGUAG